AUGGAGGCAACUGGUAUUUGGGCAGAAAUUGAAUGUUCUGAGAGUUACCUUGUGUGCUCUAUGUAUCAAGAAGCAGAGUCAUUAUCUUCCUCCAUACUGAAAAGAAUAUUUGGCAACAUUGAUGUUUUAUCCGAGGAUGAUCAUCAUCAUCAGUUACAUGACAUGUUGGAAUCUGCUGGUAUGGUUUUAAUCCAAUCCUUGCAUGGACUCGGCAGGACUGUAGAGAUUGUAAACGAGUUAAGAGAUAUAUCAACUGGUUCCUACUCGGGUGCACGUGAGAUACUGGAAGAGUUCUUUAGUAUAUGGGUUUACCAGGACAACCACUAUAUCCUUAAUGAUGUUGGAUUAAGUGCAAAAGGAUUUCAUGGGAAAAUACAGUUGGAUAUUGAUGAGCACAUGGAAUUUGUGGAGCUGUAUACCUUUGGAGUUCUUGCAAAAGUUUCAAGUGAUAUGGGCCUAGCCAUUUCAUGGGUUGAGAAAGCUGCAUUGCCUGAAGAAAGACGACAGGGGCUUUUGAGAAGAUUACAUUCUUUACUUUCUCUCAAAACAGCAAACAUUCCAGAGGCUAGUUCUUUUGAGGAAGAUUCCAAGGAUUCUUCUUAUGCUUUAGUAAAUAAGAACAAGUCUCUGGCUAAUGAAAAGAUUGAUUCCGUCCUGAAACUCUCCAAACAACAUGAGCCGUCGUCACUUUGGUCAUCACAUCCUCUAAGCCUUAAGCUUGGUAAUACCCAAUAUAGCAUUUCCAAAGGGAAGGUUGCCAUAAGCCUUGUUGGAUUAAUCAUAUGUUAUGCUUUGAAGAGAAAACGAGCUGCUUUCAUACGGUUCAUUCGCAGACAAAUGGAGUCCACGAAAAAAGCAAUUGUAGAUUUCUGGAAGCUUGCGUUUUCAUACCAAGUGAACCCUCUUGCAGCUAUUCAAUCCAUACCAAGCAGUACAACAUGA